UGCCUGGGCAAGCGGAGGGCGGCACGCAGCCUGGAGCUGGUCGACCAGCGGAGGCAGUAGCAGAUCCCGGCUCCGGCUCCGCGUUGUCCCGGCCGGGCGGCGGCAGGAGGAUGCCGAGUUCCGCGGCCACCCACAGCUGCGCCGCGCCCGCCUGCGCCGCCGCAGCGCCCCGGCCACGCGGACCAGGGGGCUGCGCCGGGUUCCGCUAGGGACGCGCCGGGAUGAGUAGCUCUUUUGUCAAACAUGCACUGGACACCCGAGCAUGCUCAGCCCCUGAACCAGUGGCCGGAGCAGCACCUUGAUGUCUCCUCCACAACCUCAUCGCCUGCCCACAAGUCUGACCUCUACCACAGCAGCCGGCAGCGCUUCAACUACGCCUGGGCCAACGAUGACAUCUCUGCCCUGACCGCCUCCAACCUGCUGAAGAGGUAUGCUGAGAAGUACUCCGGAGUACUGGACUCCCCUUAUGACAGGCCGCCGGGGCUCAACACCUACGGGGAUGGCGCCUUUGGGCCCCUCAACGGCCAGAAGGGAGAGAUGGAGCCUUGGCCGAUGGCGCACAGCUCAGAGGGGGCUUACCCUUUGACCCCGAUGCACGAUGGAUUGCCCACCUCCAAGGGGAUCAUCCCUCCUGCCGUCACCCCAGGGAACAGCCUCGGGACCUCCCCGGUGGUCUCCAGCAAUCUGUCGGACUCCAUUUACCCCAGUAACACAUGCGGGGGACCCCCGACUUCUGGCAGUCUUGGUCCAUCUCAGGAGUACCCUUCAGGCUACAGUGGGGCCUACCUGCCAUCGGGCUACUGCAGCCAACCUGCCUCGGCGCUUCCGCCUCCACACCCGUCCACCUUGCAUAGCUCAGGCCUCCUUCAACCCAGCCACCCUUCCACGGCGCUCGUCCCCAGCUACAGCUCCUCAGGACCCAUGUACAAUUACACCUCAGGCAGCUACCCACCCCAGCCUGGCUAUGGCACCAUUCACCCUCCCCACCCGUCAGCCUCGUAUUUGCCCUCGGGCAUUGCUGCCCCCACCCCCAUCCCUCCCUCCUCUCGGCCCCCUGUCGUCCCUGGGUACAGCUACCAGAGCCCCCUCGCUGUGCCACCCCUCAGCGGUGAGUCGGGGAGCUCUCUGAAAAGGAAGGCCUUUGAUCUCGCCGGCGGUGAGGACGACGGCGAAGGCCGGUAUCGCAAAUACAGCUAUGAGCAACCAAAGUCUCCGUAUCAGAUGUCCGACAGCGGUGAAUGUAGAGGAAAUGGGUUCAGCCGCAGCUCUGAGGUGCCUUUCAAAGGGGGGAAGAGGCCCGCAGGCGUGGCGGCCACCACCGUGGCCUCCGAGGAGCCCGUGGGAAAAUACAACAGCCAGCCCAUGAAAGGCCUGGUGUCUACGGCUUACAGCGUGGGUGAAGCCCCGCUGAGGCCUAGCGAGACCUUUGAGAAGUUCACCCCUCCGGCUGCCAAUGGGGAACAUGGAGGAGAGUCCUUUGCCCUCAGGAUGCAGCCCAAGCCGCCACCCUUCAGCAGCGACAACAGCAGCCAGACUGUGGAAGAACAGCUGAAAGCCAUGGACCCGUUUGUUCUGGAGCUUGUGAACAACAAGAUCAUUGAUUGCGGUCCUCCAGUUCAGUGGACAGACAUCGCAGGGCAAGUCUCUGUCAAAGCUGCCAUCGAGGAAGAGCUGGUGUGGCCCAUCUUGAGGCCAGGGGCUUACACGGGGGCAAGCCGGCCACCCAAAACCAUCCUUCUCUUUGGACCUCGCGGUGUCGGGAAGACCCUGUUGAGCAGGUGCGUUUGCACCCAGCUGGGGUCCACCCUGAUGAAGCUCAGCGGGACAGCCUUGGUCUCCAAGUGGAAGGCAGAAGCCGAGAAGAUCCUGCAGGCCACCUUCUUCGUGUCCAGCUGCCGGCAGCCGGCGGUCGUUCUCCUCACCGACGUGGAAUCCCUCCUGGAAGACGCCGCUGUCCUGAAGUCCCAGCUCCUUUCCUACCUGGAUAACCUUGCUACCUCAGGCGAGCAGAACGUCGUGGUCAUAGCAACCACCACCAGGCCUGGCAACCUGGACGAAGCCACCCAGAGGAGGUUUGCCAAGCGCUUCUACAUCUCCCCGCCAGACAGCGUUGCCCGGCGGCAGAUCCUGCACCAUGCUUUAGCCCAGCAAAACUACUGCCUCAGCGAGAGGGAGAUGGCCUCCAUUGUCCAACUCACGGAGAGCUAUUCCGGCAGCGAGCUCCUCCACCUCUGCCAGCAGGUUGCGUCCAGCAAGCUGCAGAGCUUGCCGGGGCAGCUUCAGCCCACCUCCUACAAGGAUUUCGAAAGCGUUUUCUGCAAAAUCCACCCUGCCGUCUCUCAGAAGGAGCUGGACUUGUACGUGGAGUGGGAUAAAAUGUAUGGGUCGCAGCACUAGCGGAGAGUGACCGGCUUUUUCUUUUUCGAUGGUCUCGGGUCUCUCUGAGUGGAAGCUGUUGGGAGAUUCAAUUUGUUUCUCUUUCUUUUGCUGUUAAAAGCUUUGUCGCUCUGCCUGCCUGCCUAUGAAAGGCAGGCGAUGGGUGAGGAGUCGUCUGUUAGAAAGUCACACCUAAUUUUGGAUGCAAGGACUUCCCCUAGAUUGAUUUGCGUACAUCCCCCCCCCCUUAAAAAAUGUCUGAAAUUUUGACUGUGUGGUGGUUGUUGGGUCUCUAUGUUUAUGAAAAGUAGUUGCUGAAUGAACUCAGGAUAACCUAUUUAUUAUUAAUCUGUUCCCCCAGUCAUCCCUUUCUGUACCAGCAUUGUAAAGUAUUCGGCCAGGUAUUGUCCCCUUCCCAACUCUUUUUAACACUGUACCUCCUGGUUAUUUCUGUAGAGUUCUUAACUUCCAUGGAAAUGGCACGAUGCUGUCAUUCACUGCUUUAUACGCUGAUACAGACUCAUUUCCAGGGGCAUAAUUUAGCCCUUGAUGUUCUUUAAAGCCAUCAAGAGCAUCGUUGUUAAAGCAGAUGGCAUCAAUGGGUUUUAAGGGAAGGCUUUUGGGAUUUUAUUUUAUUUUUAAAUGUAGAUUGUUUAUUAAACUAGCAUCCUUUUUAUUUUUGUAAUGUAUGUAGUGGGUUCUCUUUUUCUUUUUAACUACUCAGGAAAAAUAAUUUACCUCAAAACAAGAAGAAGAAAAAAAAGAAUGUUUUUUUGUUGUUUUUUUAAACUCAAGGAAAAUAAAAUAUGACCUGGAGGGAUUUCAAAUGUGUUUUAACACACACUUGAUUCCCGUUUUAAAAGCAAAAGGUAAGGAGAGGGGGAAAAAAGAACAAGAAUAAACUUGAAGUCGUUACAAAGAUGAAAGCUGAAUGUAUUUCAGGGGCGUUUCACAAUAUAUUAUGUCAUAACUUUAUUUUUAUUUUUUAAAGAAAACAUUUUUACCAUAGCGUUUUGGUGGAGUAAAUGUCUUCAAAGAAUAAGUAUUAGUGCUGUAGUUUUGAAGCCAUGGCUAGUACCACUUUUUGAAGGAAUGUUUCUAUUCAUUUCCAAAUUCCAGGUUGCCAAUCAUUUUUCCCUUUGGUUGUGGCCUCUGAUAGGACCUCUCAAGCUUUGUCACAGCAAGAAAAAAAGCCCCCAGACCACUAGUUCUCAAACUUCCCCAAGUAUAAUUUAUGGGGAAGCAAAUAAAACAGGUGCAAUUGCAUUAUUACAAUUACAUUUUUAAAGUCUGUGUGUAUGUGAAGAGAGGAAAGCAAACGUACAUUUCAGCAUUCGAUGUAGGGCUUCCCAGACUUGGGUCUCCAGCUGUUUUGGACAAUAAUUCCCUUUGUCCCUGAUCAUUGGUCUUGCCAGCUAGGGAUGAUGGGAGUUGUAGUCCCAAGUCUGGGAAACACUGAUUUUUAAUGGAUGAGCCUAAAGACAUUCAUCUCAUGGAGCUUAGUUUGCCCUGUGAAGGCGCCGCUCAGCCUUGACUGCCUGUAAUACACAGCAGAAUACACUUUUGUUCACCUGUGGACGCAUUGUCCUCAUUUACUUUGUCAUAGCCUACAAUAGGUUGCCAUCUUGGUGUGUUCAAAGGGAGCUUCACCAGUUGCAACAUGUGAACUGGCAGUCUAGGCUUUAACAUUCACUGUGUGUGUGUGUGUGUGUGUGUGUGUUAAACUCAAGGUGCAUCCAUUCAUAAAUUACUUCAUAAAGGUGCAACCAUUAAUAAAUUACUUCAUAUGGAUAUUGAGAGGGCUUUAGGCCCAACCUAGCACCCCAAAUUCAGUACUAACCAAUGGUUAUAACUAACGUCCCAUUUGCUUUCUGAAAACAUGUCUUUAUCAAGUCACUCUUGGUCUUCUGCAUUCUUCUCUGUUUCUGUUCUCCAUCCUUUCUCCCGCCUCCUAUUUGCCUGCUUCCCUUAGAAACCAACUGUUGACCCCAUUUUAAGUGUCCAUAGUUCACAGGUUUAGGCUUUGACCCGAAAGAUACAGUCCUAUGCAUGGUGUGGAUUUAUUUCAGAGUCCAAAAACUCUGAAAUAUACCAGAAAAUAUACCAGAAAAGGAAGUAUACCAGAGUAUACUCACUUCCUUUUAAAGGCCAAUAAUAAUAAUAAUUGUAUGUGGUUUCCCUUUUAAGGAUUUCUCACUUGAAUAUAUUACAAGUGUGUAAGGAAAGUCUGCAAGCUGUUUUCGGGAUAAGCUGGUGAAAUAUUAAGUUGAAUGGUAUGUCCAUAAUUUUUGCAGAGUAAGCUUGAGGGAGGGAAGAAAGAAAGAAAGAAAGAAAGAAAGAAAGAAAGAAAGAAA